GUAAAGAGCAAGGUGCCGCAGAUUUCUGUCAGAAUUAAACAAAGCAAUGGGUGUAAAUGCAUACUGGAAAUCUAGGACACAGAGAGAUAUGAACUGCUGGUUAACAUGAUUAUUUUUCUGUAACAAAAGCUGUUUUCUCUGAGGGAAGCGAGGGAGGGAGGAAGGAAAGAAACAUAAUGGUUACCGAGUGCCUGUUACAUGGCAGGCACACUACACACAAAAUUUCACUGAACCCACACUACAAUCUUAGGAGGUAAGUGUUUGUACCCUCAUUUACACGUGGCUGCUCUGUGUUGAAAUUCUUCCUCUGCUACUUGUUAGCUGUGUGGCUGUGUUUCCUUAUCUCUAAAAUGGGGCUAAUAAGAGUACCUAGCUCUGAGGGUUGUUGUGGGGGUUAAAGGAAUUAGUUCAUAGAAGCUUAGCCCAAUGCCUGACAGAAGAGUCAAUGAAAUUCUUUGUGUAAUGUGCCUGCCAUAUAAUAUCUCUCAGUAACCAUCAUUUUUUUUUCUUUCUUCCCAGCCUCACUUCAAUCAGGGAAGCUGUGUGGGGAAUUUGAACCGUUAACAAGAUGGCAGCCAAGCAGACAGAGCCGGUCACUAUCAUUAGCCUUCGGAAGUUGAGCCUGACAGCCCCAGAGCCACAGCCCAAAGAGCCAAAGACCUUCACCGUGGAGGAUGCUGUGGAGACCAUUGGGUUCGGGCGUUUCCACAUCGCCCUAUUCCUGAUCAUGGGCAGCACUGGGGUUGCUGAGGCCAUGGAGAUCAUGCUAAUAGCUGUGGUGUCCCCCGUUAUCCGCUGUGAAUGGCAACUGGAGAACUGGCAGGUGGCGUUGGUGACCACGAUGGUGUUUUUUGGCUACAUGGUAUUCAGCAUCUUCUUUGGCCUCCUGGCGGACAGAUAUGGUCGCAGGAAGAUUUUGUUCAUCUCAUUCCUGUGGGGUGCCUACUUCUCCUUGCUGACCUCUUUCUCUCCCUCGUACAUCUGGUUUGUCUUCCUGCGGACGAUGGUGGGCUGUGGUGUGUCUGGCCACUCACAAGGGCUAAUUAUAAAGACUGAGUUUUUGCCCACAAAAUAUCGAGGCUACAUGCUGCCCUUGUCUCAGGUGUUCUGGCUUGCCGGCUCCCUGCUCAUCAUUGGCCUGGCGUCUGUGGUCAUCCCCACCGUUGGCUGGCGCUGGCUCAUUCGCAUUGCCUCCAUCCCCGGCAUCAUCCUCAUCAUGGUCUUCAAGUUUAUUCCUGAGUCGGCUCGCUUCAACGUCUCCACUGGGAACACCCAGGCUGCCCUGGCCACUCUGGAGCGCAUUGCCAGGAUAAACAGCUCGGUCAUGCCGGAGGGCAGGCUGGUGGAGCCAGUGCAGGACAAAAGAGGAAGAUUUGCCGACCUACUGAAUGCCAAAUAUUUGCGGACCACACUGCAGAUCUGGGUCAUAUGGCUGGGGAUCUCUUUCGCCUACUAUGGCGUCAUCCUGGCCAGCGCUGAGCUGCUGGAGCGGGACCUGGUGUGCGGUUCGCAGUCAGAGUCUGAGGUAGCCAUGACUGUGGGGGACUCGGAGGAGAGCCAGAGUCCCUGCUACUGCCACCUGUUCGCCCCCUCCGACUACCGCACCAUGAUCAUCAGCACCAUUGGAGAGAUUGCACUGAAUCCUUUAAAUAUUCUGGGCAUCAAUUUCCUGGGAAGACGGCUGAGCCUUUCCAUCACCAUGGGGUGUACUGCCUUAUUCUUCCUGCUCCUCAAUAUCUGCACUUCAAGUGCCGGCCUGAUUGGCUUCCUGUUCAUGCUGAGGGCUCUGGUGGCCGCCAACUUCAACACCAUCUACAUCUACACUGCGGAGGUCUACCCCACCACCAUGCGUGCCUUGGGGAUGGGAACCAGCGGCUCCCUGUGUCGCAUUGGUGCGAUGGUGGCGCCAUUUAUAUCUCAGGUCCUCAUGAGUGCCUCGUUCCUGGGGGCCGUGUGUCUGUUCUCGUCCGUCUGUGUGAUCUGCGCCAUUUCUGCAUUUACCCUCCCCAUUGAGACCAAAGGACGGGCCCUACAGGUAAGUGACAUGAGGAAUCCUGAUUCUCAGCCACCGCUUUGACCCAAGGAAAGGAAGUUGGUGUGGACAGCCUUCUUAUCAGCAGACUUGUGAACAGACUAUUGACCUUAACUAGCAGGCCUGUCACGCUCCUUUUGGGGUGCCCGCUUCUUCCUGCAUGUUGCUUUGAGCGGCACUGACAUUGAAAGUAGCCAAAGCUCUGUUAACUGUAGAAGCUGUGACCUGAAUAACAGGGAUGAGGAUGGGUGAGAGUUGUCAGGCUGUGGCAUUCUUCCCUCCACUUGUCCCUCUGGAUGGUAGCAUCACUGCAGAGUGGAAGGUGGCCUGGGAGCAGAUGGCCAAGGGCAUCACACUUAGGAUGGCAGGUCUCCACAUAUCAGCUGGCUUCUUUCCCCUCACAGCACCCGCCGUCCGAGAAAGGAUGUUGUUGGGUGUUGUCGAUACGGACUCAUAGUGACCCCAUGUGACACAACGGAACUGCCCCAUAAAAUUUUCAAGGCUGUAAACCUUUACAGGAGCAGAUCAUCAGGUCUUUCUCCCGCGGGGCCAUUGGGUGCGUUUGAACCCCCAACAUUUUGGUUGACAGCAAGAGCGCUUAACCAUCGCGUGCCGCACCAGCUGCCCUCCAACGCUAUUAGUGGCCAGUGGACACUGCCUGUUCCCUCUAUUUCACAAAGGGACACCCCAAAUGUCAGGCUUGCUUGCAAGGGCAAGGUUGUCGGAGAGAGGCCUCUCCCACCCCUCUGCCCUUGUG